AUGGAACGUGUUGAAGAUGAACAUGUUUCACAGGUAGUCGUAAAGGCGGUAGAUGUCGGCGGUGACUUUAAUAACAAGCAAGAGUUUGAUGAUCGUGAAAGCAUACCUACAUGGAUUCGUAUGAAUGCAACUAACCUUGGUUUUGGUGCCGUAAUAGGAAGAUCAGAUAAUGGUACGGCAAGAAGAAACACUUUUGUAACAAUGUUGUGCGAAAGAAGCGGGAAAUACCAUCCUCCUCUAAGGAAGUUUAGAAGAGACGACACGGGUACUAGAAAAUGUGAGUGUCCGUUUAAAAUCCGUGGUUACAUGUUGACUAGAAAGAAGUGGAGAUUUAGUGUUAUUUGUGGUUUGUAUAACCAUGACUUGUGCGGAAAAUUACAAGGUCAUCCUAUUGUACAUCGGCUCAAUCCGAAAGAGAAGACAUGUAUUAAUAACAUGUCCUUGAAUCUUAUCCAACCAAAAAAUAUACUUGGCACAUUGAAACGGAAGGAACCCGACAUUAACCUGCGACGAUGGGGUUAUGGUCCGAGAUAUUUUUUGACUCAUCCAGAUUCGAUAAAGUUGUUCAACACUCUUCAGAGAGUGCUCCUUCUCGAUUCUACCUAUAAGACCAACAAGUAUAGACUUCCAUUAUUUGAGAUGAUCGGUGUUGCAUCCAGCGAGAAGACAUACGCUGUUGUUUUUUCCUUUUUGGAGUGUGAAAAAGAGGAUAAUAUUAGAUGGGCAUUAGAGGUGUGUCGGUCACUUUUGAAGGAACAUGUUGAGAUGCCCAAGGCAAUUGUUACAGACCACAAUACCGCUUUGAUGAAUGUGGUGGAAAAGUUAAACAGUGUUUACCUGUAUGGUUUAAUAAUAUUCAUAAUUCAUUUUUUUUUGUCACAGUCCUAUAUUGUAUAUUUAGGAUCACACUCUUUCGGCUCAAAUCCUUCAUUACUUGAUUCUGAAUCUGUUACAAACUCUCACUAUGAUUUACUUGGAUCUUAUCUUGGAAGUACUGAGAAGGCUAAAGAAGCAAUAUUUUACUCUUAUAAUAAAUAUAUUAAUGGCUUUGCUGCAAUACUUGAAGAAGAUAAGGCAAAAGAGAUUGCAAAACAUCCAAAUGUUGUAUCGAUGUUUUUAAAUAAAAGAUAUGAACUACAUACGACCCGAUCGUGGAAUUUUCUUGGGUUAGAGACGAACCGUGGAUUUGCUAACGAUUCAGUAUGGAAAAAAUCAUUGGGUGAAGACAUCAUUAUUGGAAAUUUAGACACUGGUGUUUGGCCGGAAUCAAAGAGUUUUAAUGAUGAAGGGUAUGGGCCAAUUCCAAAAAGGUGGAAAGGAAUUUGUCAAGUUUCUAAAGGAAAUCCUGAUAAAUUUUAUUGCAACAGGAAACUCAUUGGUGCAAAAUAUUUUUAUAAAGGCUCUGAGGCACAUCUCGGUGAAGCGGCAAAUGUAAACUUUAAUAGUGCACGUGACACCGUAGGCCAUGGAUCACAUACUUUAUCAACUGCUGGAGGUAAUUUUGUUACCGGAGCUAAUGUAUUUGGCUUUGGAAAUGGAACAGCAAGUGGUGGAUCACCAAAAGCAAGAGUUGCAGCCUAUAAAGUCUGUUGGGAUGGAUGUUAUGAUGCUGAUAUUUUGGCUGGUUUUGAAGCUGCCAUAAGUGAUGGUGUUGAUGUACUUUCUGUGUCCUUGGGUGGAAAAUUUCCACGAGAAUUUUCGGAAAGUGCUAUUUCCAUAGGUUCCUUCCAUGCUAUUGCCAACAACAUCGUUGUUGUGGCUUCUGGAGGAAAUUCAGGACCUAAAAUCUCAUCUAUAGUCAAUGUCGAACCAUGGACUUUCACGGUUGCUGCUAGCACAAUUGAUAGAGACUUCAUAAGUUAUGUUAUUCUUGGUAACAAAAAAAUAUACAAGGGAGCUAGUCUUUCAGAGUUGGACUUACCACCUAACAAAUCAUAUCCACUGAUAAGUGCUGUAGAUGCUAAACUUGAUAACGCGCCUCCCGCAUUUGCCUCUAUUUGCAAAGAAGGAGCUCUUGAUCCACAAAAGGUUAAAGGAAAAAUAUUGGUAUGUCUUCGAGGUGCGGGUGCUAGAGCUGACAAGGGCGUGCAAGCUUCUCGUGUAGGUGCUAUUGGAAUGAUAUUGGCUAACGAUGAGGAUUCAAAGAAUGGAGUUAUAGCAGAUACUCAUGUCCUUCCCGCUACAAAUGUUGGCUUUGCAGAUGGCAGUGCCAUUUUUAAUUACAUCAAUCACACAACGUCCCCUGUGGCUUACAUUACUAAAGUUAAAACAGAAUUGAGCGUAAAGAACACACCAACUAUAGCUUCAUUUUCGUCAAGAGGCCCAAAUGACCUUGAUGGUUCAAUUCUUAAGCCAGACAUCACUGCACCAGGCGUCAGCAUAAUUGCAGCGUAUACUCUAGCUAACUCUCCAUCGGAACAACCAUCUGAUAAGCGUAGAGUUCCUUUUGUUACUAUGUCAGGCACUUCAAUGUCAUGUCCUCAUGCUGCUGGAUUAGUUGGACUACUUAAAUCUGUUCAUCCUGAUUGGAGUCCCGCUGCUAUCAAGUCAGCAAUAAUGACCACAGCAACGACUAAAACCAACAAUGGAGUUGAAAUAUUGGAUUCAUCACUAGAAAAAGCAACUCCUUUUGCAUAUGGUGCCGGCCACGUUCAACCUAAUCUUGCAGUGGAUCCUGGACUUGUAUAUGACCUUAAUGUUACGGAUUAUUUGAACUAUUUAUGUGGUCGUUCAUACACCAGUGACCAACUUAAGGUGUUUUACGGAAAACCUUACACUUGUCCAAAAUCUUUCCGUCUAGCAGAUUUCAAUUAUCCAUCCAUUUCAAUUUAUGAACUUGAAGUUUGGAAAUCUUUGAAUGUUACUCGUAUCGUUACCAAUGUUGGGCCACCAAGUGAGUAUAGAGUGGAGAUCCAGGAACCUCCACAAUUUCAUGUCACAGUUCAGCCUGAGAUUUUAAGAUUUAAAAAUAAGGGUGAGAAAAAAGAGUUCAAGGUUACGAUCACUAUGAAGCCAAAUAGUACAUAUAUUACUGAUUUUGAAUUUGGGAAGUUGAUUUGGACCGAUGGAAAGCAUCACGUUGGGACUCCUAUUACAAUAAAGUACAAUGAUUUGUGAUGCUUAGGUUCAUGUUUUUUUGCAUUUUGCUAGAAUUGUAACUCUUUCUCCCGCUUACAAUAAUAUAUGAAUGUUGUUUUAAUGUUAUCUUUUAUUUGGGCCAUUCACCUU